AUGUGGAGUUCGUCUAACGUUAAUGCAUCAAACAAUGAACCGAGCAGUCGCCCCAGUUCGCACCUGGACGAUGAGGAUGAAGAAGAACUGAUGCAAGAAAGUAAUGGACAGUAUCAAGAAUCCGAUUCAUCUAAUGAUUCCGGUACAGAAUCUCUUACAUGGAUAUCAUGGUUUUGUUCGCUUUCUGGCCAUGAGUAUUUUGCGGAAGUGGCUGAAGAUUUUAUUGAAGACGAUUUCAAUCUGACGGGAUUGAGUACGCAGGUGACUUUUUACAAAGAAGCAAUGGAAAUGAUUUUGGACGCCGAACCUGAAUAUCUUUCAGAAGAAGAUCUUGUCAAAGUUCCGGAUUUAUCACUUGUAGAAGCAUCAGCUGAACUUUUAUAUGGUCUCAUACAUCAACGCUACAUAAUAACACGUCAAGGGUUACAACAGAUGGUUGAUAAAUAUGAAUCAGGACAUUUUGGUACUUGUCCGCGAGUUUAUUGUCAAUCAUGUCCAGUUGUUCCUUGUGGAAGAAGUGAUAUGCCGGGGCGGGAUACCGUUAAGCUCUUUUGUCCCAACUGUCUCGACAUAUACGUACCGCCCAGUUCUAGAUUUACUACGCUAGAUGGCGCCUAUUUUGGGACUACAUUUCCACAUUUGCUGUUUCAACAGUUUCCAGACUUACAACCACAAAACGAAAUGAAGAUAUAUGAACCACGAAUAUUUGGCUUUCGAGUUAAUGAAAAAAGCCGAAGUGGACCUAGGAUGCAAUGGUUAAGAAUGCGUUACACUGAAGAGGAUGAAGAUGGCAAUGAAGGCUCUGCGGAGGAUGCGGAUGAAGUUGAUGCAAACGAUAACAUAGGGAAAGGCGGGGAGAACAAUAGAACACAGGAGAUUGCUUGA